AUGGCCGACUUCGGCGAGUAUCCGCCCAACAUGGCGUCGCGGGAUGCCCUCGUCUUGCGACAGGAGGCCGCCCCCGACCAUGCCGUCGUGCCCUACACCGGCGAGCAGCUGUCGCGGCCCAAGCUCGGCCCCGCAAACCCCUUCAAGGACGACUCGGUGGCCGCCGCCGGCUCCGGCUCGGCUCUGGCCACCAAGCGCAAGAACGUGCCCACGGGCAUCGCCGAGGAGACCUUUGUCAGCGAGCACACCUUCCGCAGCAAGCACCGCGCCGUCGAGCGCAGGGGCGGGCCGGAGCGCGAGUUCCUGACCGGCAGGCAGGUCAAGGACGAGGCCAAGCGCCUGCGCGCCGCCAGGCAGGGCAAGGGGGACGCCACCGUGGCCGACGGCGACGGCGCCUACGUCGGGCCCUGGGCCAAGUACACGCGCGACGAGUACGAGGAGGUCGGCGAUGACGAGGAGCUGGCCACCGACGAGGAGGUCGAGUACGUCUACGAGGACGAGGACGCCGACGACGUCGUCGCCAGCGGCACCGUCGUCUCCGCGCCCGCCGAGGCCAUAGCGCGGAGGAAGGAGGUCGAGGAGCUCGGCGACGAGACCACGACCUUCCACGGCGAAUCGCUGCACGACUACCAGGGCCGGACCUACAUGCACGUUCCCACCGACCUCGACGUCAACCUGCGGAAGGAGCCCGGCAGCAUCACCAACUUCAUCCCCAAGAAGACGGUCAAUACCUGGAAAUCCCACGGCGACAAGGCCGUCACUGGCUUGCGCUUCUUCCCCAACUCGGGCCACCUGCUGCUGUCUGCCGGCGCCGACUCGACGGUCAAGAUUUUCGACAUGUAUCAUCAGAAGGAGCUCCUGCGGACGUAUUCGGGACACACCAAGGCCGUGUCGGAUAUUUGCUUCAACAACUCGGGCACCCAGUUCCUGUCCGCCUCCUUUGACCGCAUGAUGAAGUUGUGGGAUACCGAGACGGGCACCUGCAUCAACAAAUUCACGACUGGCAAGACGCCACAUGUCAUCCGGUUCAACCCCUCCCCCGAGCACUCGCAUGAGUUCCUGGCGGGUAUGUCGGACAAGAAAAUCGUCCAGUUCGACACACGUACCAAGGAAGUUGUCCAGGAGUAUGACCACCAUCUUAACGCCAUCAACACCAUUGUCUUCGUCGACGACAACCGCCGAUUCAUGACCACCUCCGACGACAAGUCCCUGCGCGCAUGGGACUACAACAUCCCUGUGCCAAUCAAAUAUAUUGCCGAGCCCUACAUGUACCCCAUGACCCGCGCCGCGCCGCACCCGUCUGGCAAGUACGUGGCGUACCAGUCCAGCGACAAUCAGAUCGUCGUGUAUGGCGCCAACGACAAGUUCCGACAGAACAGGAAGAAGAGCUACCGUGGCCACAACAAUGCCGGUACCGGGAUCGACAUUGACAUCAGCGCCGACGGCCAGUUCCUGGCGAGCGGCGACUCGGCAGGCUACGUUUGCUUCUGGGAUUGGAAGACCUGCAAGAUGUACCACAAGAUGCAGGUCAGCGACCAGGCCGUCACGUGUGUCCAGUGGCACCCGCAGGAGACGAGCAAGGUCGCGGUCGCGGGCAUGGACGGCGUCAUUCGAUAUCUGGAUUAG